AUGAUCCCUCAUUUGAGUUCAGCUCUUCAUAGUGAAGUUGAGGCCUGCAGAGCAGGAUUGCUUUUAGCACUUCAUCAGGGUUGGAAGGAGGUGGAAAUAGAGAGUGAUUGUUCCAUCCUUGUUGCUGCCAUGAAUAGCCAAGCGGAGGAUAACUCAGAGGUUAGUCGAAUUCUUGAUGAUUGUAGAGACUAUAUGCAAGCUUUUGAUUAUAUUAGAAUUCGACAUGUUUAUCGUGAAGCAAAUAGUGUAGCUAAUAGAUUAGCGCACUUUGCUAGUCUAGAUCAUGUUGUGGAUCUUUCUUUAGUUGAGGCUCCUGAUUUCUUACAGAAUGUUCUCUAUGAGGAUAUUUGUAACGCAACUAUGCAUGCUCGGGGUAUAGGAAAAAUUUGA